AUGUCCACAGCUGUUGGCGCCCGUGCUGGCGGUGUGAGGUCAAGGCAUGACUUUGCUCUUGCUAUCCUGAAUCGGUUGGCCGGGGUAUACACUACCCUGAAAGCCUGUGCGCAACAAGCAAAAAAGAUUUCCCUUACCCACCACGAUUGGAGAGAAGAUUCUGGCGAUGCGCUCAUGGUUGACAGUAAGCGACCAGAUUUACAGGGGCUGCUGGUGCGUCAAAACCUAAUGCAGAAAGCAUCGUCCUCACCAUCGCCACCCCCUUCGGUAGUUCAUUAG